UCCAAGAGAUUGAGCAGGUCAGAACCAGAUUGCAGAGCAAGUGAAGCGAACGUUUUAGUUACAAGAAAUAUGCAAGGAUCCCAAGUGCUGUGUCUGCUGCUGGCCGCCUUAAGCCUGGCCAGCUGCCGCUUUGUGGUGCGUCGCGAUGUGAGCCACCUGCCGCUGGAGUACCUGCCUCCAGUGGUGCUGCCCCCUGUGCCCAGUCGUGAUUACUUGCCACCAGUAGAGCAGCAUGCGGCUACCCUGAACCAUGUGCUUCAGCCACCCCGUGAUUAUCUGCCUCCCAGCAAUGAGUACCUGCCGCCCGUAAUUGAGGAAGAAGUGGCUACCACCACUGAGGUGAUAAUUCCCGAGGAAACCACCACUCUAGAGCCCACCACAGAGGCUGCCACCGAGCCACAAGUGGAAGUGGAGGUCAUUACAGAACCCGAAGAGGAUGUGGUGCCCAAGACCCUGGAGCAUGUGGAGGAGGCGCCCAAGGAGGAGAAGGAAGUGGAGUCUGCCAUUCUCUUGGACGAUGGCUAUCACUACCGCACGCCCUCGGUGGUGCCUGAUUUGCUGCCCGUAAAGGAGUAUCUGCCGCCCCUGGAUGGAAAUGCUGUCGUUGAGGAGCUGCCCAAUGGCGAGGAGGACUCCUCCGCCCUGCUGGAUGAUGGUUACCACUAUCGCUCUGUGAAGCGACUCCGCUUCUAGUCCAUUCCACCAUUGAGUCACUCCCUCUAUUAUUAUUCCACUACGAAUUUCUGUUUCUGUUCUGUGCGACAAUUGUUGUUUAAUUUUACAAAAUACA